UUGUGUGUUUUCUGGCCGGACUGGUGUGUGUGUCUCCUGAAGGACGCUGUAUAUCCCCCAGGACAGUGUGAAGAGCACAGCUGGAGAUGUCGGGCUGCCGGGACGGGCUGAGGCUUCGCUCCUGGCUCACGCUGGUCUCAGGGUUACUGGAGUGUCUGGGCUUCGCAGGGGCCGUGUUCGGAUGGGCCACGCUGGUGUUCGUGCUCAAGAGCGAAGGAUACUUCAGCAGUCUGUGUGUGAACGCCACCGUCAACGGCACUGCAGCUGAAGAUUGCAGAGGUCAAGAUGAGCAGUUCUCCCUCGUGUUCACCAUUGCAUCCUUCAUGAAUAACUUCCUCACGCUCCCGAACGGAUUCCUGUUCGACCACUUCGGGACCACCGUCGCCAGGCUCCUGGGAAUAUCGGUUUACACUGCAGGGAUGUUGUUAAUAGCCUUCUCCACUCCUGUGAGCUCCGUCCUCCUCUUCCCCGCUCUGUCCUUCAUCGCUGUGGGAGGAAUCCUGUUCCUGAUGACCAACAUACAGGUGGCGAAUCUCUUCGGCGCUCACCGCUCCACUAUAAUCACUCUGUAUAAUGGAGCCUUCGACUCCUCCUCUGCAGUUUUCCUCAUCGUCAAAUUGCUGUUUGAGGAUGGCGUGUCUCUGCGCUGGUCUUUUCUCUUCUUGUCCUGCUGUAGUGUUCUUCAUCUGUUCCGCACCGUUGUGCUGAUGCCUCGAACACAUAUCCCGUACCCGCUGCCGGAGAACUACAGCUACGGGGUGAACUGCGGAGUAACUCAGGAUUAUGCCAUUGCAAAGACUGGAGAGAAGAACAUCCAGACUUCUAAGUCUGAGGAGGAAAUGCCAUUCAAAGAGACUUCUGACACAGACACGACGGAGCGUAGUUUCAAGAGCUGUUUCCUUUCCUGGUUCUUCUUGUGGCAUUUGCUGUGGCUUUCUGUGAUGCAGCUGAGACACUACAUGUUCAUCGGGACCUUAAACCCAAUGCUGAAUCAUCUGACCGCAGGAGAACCAAGCCUCGUCAGUAGAUAUACGAAUGCGUUUGCGUUCACUCAGCUGUGUGGGAUCCUGUGCGCCCCCUGGAACGGCCUCAUCAUGGACCGACACAAGGGAAAGCAGAGAGAACCAGGCCAGAGUGAGCGAGAGGCAGACCUGAGGGCGGCCAUCUUGUCCCUGUCACUGACGGCGCUGCAGUGUGUGUUGUUCUCAGUGUGUGCCGCGACCCCUGUCCUUCCUCUACAGUACCUCACCUUCAUCCUCCAGGUGCUCAACAGAUCCUUCCUCUACGGGGGGAACGCGGCCUUCAUCAGCAUGGCGUUCCCGUCGGCACACUUCGGGAAGCUGUAUGGGACAGUGAUGGCUCUCUCCGCUGUGUUCUCGCUGCUCCAGUAUCCCUGCUUCGCUCUCAUUAAAGGACCACUGGGGGGAGACCCUCUUUACGUGAACAUCGCUCUGAGUGUUCUGAGUCUCCUGGCCUUCAUCCACCCUGUGUAUGUGUACCUGUACUGUCGGGGUCAGGCGGCCCAGAGACUGAAGGGAACAUCAACCUGA